AUGUUGAUGCCAAAGGACGACAGAAAGAAGAUCCACCAGUACCUCUUCCAAGAGGGUGUUGUUGUUGCUGAGAAGGACUUCAACAAGCCAAAGCACGAGGAGAUUGACACCAAGAACUUGUACGUCAUCAAGGCUUUGCAGUCUUUGACCUCCAAGGGUUACGUCAAGACCCAGUUCUCUUGGCAAUGGUACUACUACACCUUGACUGACGAAGGUGUUGAGUACCUCAGAAACGAGUUGAACAUCCCAGAGGGUAUCUUGCCUAUGACCAGAUUGAAGGGUGCUCCAGCUCAGAGACAGAGACCUGUCUCCAGAGGUGGCCCUCAGAGAAGAUUUGGUGGUGACUCCUACAGAAGAAGAGCCAGAGAUUAA